AGCCAAUAGAGAAAAGUUAUGGAAGAAAUGUAAAGAGAUUUUAUAUGAAGCAGGUAAUAAAUGUGUGGAAGACAUUUUUCAACACGUUCACACUGACAGCAUAUUUUCAAAUGGUAGUGAAAUCAAAUAUUUUCGAAGAAAGGAAAUCUUGAAAAUGUUGAACAAUGCUGAAAACUUGAACGAAAAUUCAGUUCUAGAAGCUGAACGAAAUCAUUCGGAUCUUGUUCCAGCUGUAUAUGAAGGUGGUUUGAAAAUUUGGGAGUGCACAUAUGAUCUGUUUUCAUAUAUUAAUGAAUGUGAUAACGAUUUCACUAACAAAAAAGUACUGGAUUUGGGGUGUGGUGCUGGAAUUAUAGGUAUUACGCUUUACCUAAAGGGAGCCAACUGCUGGUUUCAAGACUACAAUUCAGAUGUUAUUCAGUUCCUAACUAUUCCCAACGUUUUACUGAAUUCUAGAGAUAGAAUACAGAACUGCAAGUUUUACUCUGGUGACUGGGAUUUUUUUGUUGACACAGUUGACGAGCCUUCAGGAGAUGAACAAAAUAAAUUUGAUUACAUAUUUACAUCCGAAACCAUUUAUAAUACAGAAUCUUAUCCGAAGCUACACAAAGUGUUCGAAAAACUGUUGAAGAAGACAGGUGUAAUAUUUUUAGCUGCAAAAUCAUUUUAUUUUGGAGUUGGAGGUGGCUUGUUUUUAUUUCAAGAUUUUAUAGACAAGCAUAAAAUAUUCAAGUACACUUCAUGCUGGAAAUGUAUGGAAGGAGUGAAAAGAGAGAUAUUAAAAAUACAAUUUCUUUAGAUUGUAAAAUUUCAAUAUAUUAUAUUUUUAUAAUUUU